CAUACGCAGUGGGGGAAGUUCAUUCAACCGAUGCAGAAACCCUGACUGUAAAACCCCGACCCUUGUGAUAACAAAAAGUAUCUCAAGGUUUUCGCUGCGCCUCUGCUGCAUUCUGAGCGUUCGAAAAAGGCUCUUUAUCAGCGGCCAGAGAGUGAAUUCGUAACCACAACCGCAAAACAAACUCAGAACUCGAGUUGCCGCAUAAAUUGCCAGUCGAAUUGAACGAUUAAACAGUCACAGUUCGGAGCUCAGAGCGAAAGAAACACUACCGCAUAUUAAUAAUAAUAAUAAAUAAGCAGCAGCUUGCAUUCUCCAGUGCUUUGUUGAAGCUAAAUCAUGAGGUUGGUGAUAUUGGAGACAAGCGAUUCGGUGGGCAAAUGGGCCGCCAAAUAUGUGAUGAAACGGAUUAAUGACUUCAAGCCAAGCGCCGAUAAAUACUUUGUUUUGGGCCUGCCUACGGGAUCCACUCCGCUGGGAAUGUACAAAGAACUGAUUGAGUUUUACAAACAGGGAAAAGUCUCCUUUCAGUAUGUGAAAACCUUCAACAUGGAUGAAUAUGUGGGCCUGCCCAGGGAUCACCACGAGAGCUAUCACUACUUCAUGUGGCACAACUUCUUCAAGCACAUCGAUAUCGAUCCCAAAAACGUGCACAUUUUGGAUGGCAAUGCCUCCGAUUUGGUGGCCGAGUGCAAUAAGUUCGAGGAUCAGAUCCGGGAGGCUGGAGGCGUGGAGCUCUUCAUCGGCGGCAUUGGACCCGACGGACAUAUUGCCUUCAACGAGCCCGGUUCCUCAUUGGUCUCCAGGACCCGUGUGAAGACCCUGGCGCAAGAUACAUUGGAGGCAAAUGCCCGGUUCUUUGACAACGAUAUGAGCAAGGUGCCCAAGCAGGCGCUCACCGUGGGCGUAGGCACCGUGAUGGACUCCAAGGAAGUGAUGAUUCUCAUUACUGGAGCCCACAAGGCGUUCGCCCUGUACAAGGCCAUUGAGGAGGGUGUGAAUCAUAUGUGGACAGUGAGUGCCUUCCAGCAGCAUGCCAAUACCCUGAUGAUCUGCGAUGAGGACGCCACCUUGGAGCUGAGAGUAAAGACGGUGAAGUACUUCAAGGGCAUCCUCAGGGAUCUAGACGAAGGCUCCCAGCCAGAGGGCUACAUAAACUGAUUUUUGAGUAAGAGCCUGAUGGACGUUCACUCCAAGCUGAUAGAACAACAGCAACCCACGUAACCCGAGGGAAUAAAUACAAUAAGAGAUCUGGCAACGAAUCAGAUAUCCUCAAACUCGCAUUUUACUACUUUCAUUGUUUAUAUAUUUUUAAAAAUAUAUAUGCUCUACUUCAUUAUAGUAUUUCAAAUCAUACACAAAACGAAUUUGAGAAAAUGUUUAAUUUUUACUCUGUAAUUAAAAUAUUUUUGUAACAAAUGUGUUUUAAUAUAUAAAUUGCCUUAAA